AUGGCUGAUAAGGGCUUCCGACCACUGACGGCCAAAGAGAUUCGUAAACAUAUUGAACGACGUGGUGAAGAUAACGAAUCGCAACAGAAACAGAAAAAAAGAUCUGAUGAUGUUGACAAGGAUAGGUCAGAUGAUCUGGUAAGAAAGAAAUGUCAUGAGGAUGACCGACUUUGCGACCGGAAAUAUAAUCGAAAAAGAAGAGGGAGAAGUGUGGAGCGACACGGUGACAGUCGACAUCGAGGUGAUAGACACUACGAUCAUGGACGAGAAACAGAUUCGGUUUUUCGGGAACGCAGUUCUGAGCUUACCCAUUCGAGAGAACGAAGUCGAGAUCAGUAUUCAAGUAGGGAGAGGGAGGAUCGGUCUGGUCUUCGCGGCCAUAACAAAGAGAGCGACUCGAAACAGCAGAGAAGCAACAAGUCAUAUGAACGAAAUCGAGCUGUGCGAAGGAACCGUUCCUCUCGGCAUUACAGUCCAGAGGAUAGUGAAGAUGGAAGCAGUGACCGACCAGCUUGGGCAACAAAGGCUGUUGUGAAAAGGGCGGAGGAAAUCCAAAAGAGAAAAUUGAUUUGGAGUAAACCGGAGGAAAAGAAGGAGCUAGAGAGUAAUGCAGUCUCAUCAAUUAUUGGUUUGCGACCGUCUACCAGUUCUACAUGGAAUUCUAUCCUGGCUGCUAGUUCGUCAGACAUCAAGCAGUUGGAUAAGUUUAAACGUUUGAUGGGUAUGAAAAAAAGUGAUGAAGAAGGUCGAGAGGAAGUACCAAAAGUGGACGACAAUCAAGUUGAAGCUGAAAGGAGACGACAGCGUGAACUUUACAGUCAUUUAGAUCAUCAAUAUGCAGUAGCACGCUCUUUCACGCAUCUUAGUCGCGGUCAGGGACUUGGCUUCCAUCAGUGA